UUAUUGAGAAAAAAUUUUCCAUACACAAGAUUUUGAUUGUUUAUUACAGUUAAAGAUUUUCAUGUUUUUUCUUCUUUUGUUCGUUUGCAACAAAAAACAAUAUAUUUUUUUGCUAAUGAGUAGCAAAGACCUCUGCCGAACUACUGACGACAAGCUGCUUUUAGCCGUCGGCAAAUAUAUAGAUCGUAAUCCCACUCUGCGAACAGCUGGAAAACUUCUAGAAUGUACGGAAACAGUGGGAGAUGCCCUUAAAAUAUAUUCACCCCAAGAGGCAGCCUUUAAUAUCAUGACUAUGAAAUGCAAAAAACAACUCCAAGCUGAGAAGGCAAAUGCCAGUCAAGGACAUUCGCCAUUUUUACCCAACGAAAGUUUAAAGGAUCUUUUAAGUCCCGAAUUAAAGAAAAGUCGUUUUGUGGCUUUUAAAGAGAAAUUUUCCGAGGAUAUGUUUUUCAAAAAACCCGAAUUAGGACAAGUUUUCCCAUUGCAAUCGAAACCAAGUGAAUAUACUAAUGAAAAUUUUACCUAUGGCUUAAAAAAUAUGGAAUCAGAAAGACUCUAUGAGCUUGUGUGUCCCAAUAAAACACCGCAACAGGUUAAAAGAGAAUUUUUACAAUGGCAUGAUAAAUAUUUGAUAUCGCAUAAACACUAUUUGCCAGCGGAGAGAGUUAAGAGAAACUACAAUGAACAUUUCAAUCCUGAGGCUGUAUAUGGCAUCUGUCAUAAUGUAGAUAAAACAGGUCAAAAGGUUAAAAAUUGUUUGCAGCAAUGUGAACGCAUGGUGCUCAUAAAUAAGGUUCAGAAACAAUUUCUAGAUCGUACCAAUGGAACGCUAGGAGAAAAAAUUGAUCGUUAUAAUUUAAAUCUGGAUCCGCAACAAACAUUUGGCGUACAAACAAAUCAUUAUAAUUAUGAUGUUCGUGCCCUAAUUGAAAAUGUUGAGCCGAGUGCAAAAAAUAUGAAAAUAAUUGAAGCCAUUUCUUAUGUCCACAAAUUGCGACGUUUUCUCUUUAAUCAUAGCAAUUUUCACAUGUACGAUUUGAAAACGCUGCUUAAUAAAUACGAUGAAAAGGACAGCGGUUUUAUAACAUUUGAUUCGAUAAUGAAAACUUUAAAAACUAUAAAUAUUAAUGCCAAUAAAGAAAAACUUCGUUUGGCCAUUGAAUAUUUCGAAAUGCUUAAAGACGAUAAUGAAAACACGGUGUUGUUGGUUAAUUGGAAAGAAUUUUUGAAAAUGUUGCAUAAUCAAUAUCCUUUGCCGCGUAAAGCUAUUACAAAUGAGAAGGUUCUAUGUCAGGAUAAUAAACAAACUACAUAUCGUAUAUUGUGUUCAGAUCGACAAAAAACUUUAGAUACACAUGAUCUUUUACCUAAACAAAGUAUUGAGUAUCACACUACAGUUAGUGAUCUAAUAUGUCCUGAUAUACCUAUGUUAUAUGGUUUGGUGCCAAGUGAUUUCGAAGUCUUACGCUCAAAAGAUGAAUUGAAACGAAUUUUUAAACGUCUUUUACCUUUAAACUUUGAUCAUGUUUGGCAGUUUGCUUGGUCUAAAAAGUGUGCUGAGGCCACUUGUAAAAUGUCGGUAAAUGAGUUUAGAGCCGUUAUACAGGAAUAUAAUAAUGAAAAUUUAAAAUGUUCAUAA